AAUGUUAUGAUUAAGGCAAUAUAUUAGUUAGUGCAGUCCAGCUUAGCUUGUGAAUGAGAAAGACUCAAGUCAACAAGUGAAAAGCAUACAACUUUAUUCUGCUCUCUCUGCUCUCUACUGCUUCAAUUUCUCAUCUCUCAUGGCAGAUCUAGCUUACAUCAUAGCUGGAAAUGUCUUGGACAAACUGGGUUCUCUUGCUUAUCAAGAGGUUAGCUUGGCAUGGGGAAUGAAACAAGAUCUUGACAAGCUUAAGCUAAUCACAUUAGCACUCCAAGAUGUGCUCCUGGAUGCUGAAACUAAGCAAGAAAAGAAUCCACAGCUCAAAAACUGGCUCUGUCACCUUAAGGAUGUGUUCCAUGAGACAGUGGAUGUGCUCGAUGAAUUUGAGUGUGAGUUACUCAGGAGACAAGUUGUCAAACAAUAUGGAUCUUCUGGUAGAAAGGUAUGCCGUUUCUUUUCAUGGUCCAAGCCUCUUGUUUAUUAUUUUAGUGUUGCUCAUCGAGUUAAAGAGAUCAGACAACAAUUAGAUGAGAUUGUUAGGAAUAUGGAAAAGUUUCAUUUGAUCAAAACUCAGCUGAAUAUGGAUCAAAACCCUCCAAAGCAUGACAAUAGGGAGAUGAUGACUUACUCUUUUGUUAACCCUUCAGAUGUUAUUGGUAGAGAUCGUGAAAAAGAGGAGAUGAUGGGUAUGGUAUUAAAGGAGCAAGCUAAAGAAAGUAAGAAUCAAAUAAUAGAUGUUAUAUCUGUAAUUGGGAUGGGAGGUUUAGGGAAGACCACACUUAUCAAAUCAAUAUACAAUGAUGAUGCAAUUAAAGAAAAGUUUGAUUUGAGGAUUUGGGUUUGUGUGUCUCUAGAUUUCAAUGUCACUAGAUUAGUGAAAGAUAUUAUUAUGAGUGCAACUGAUAAGAAGGCUGAGAUUACUAACUUGACUAAUUUAGAUCAGUUGCAAAGAUCUUUGAGUCAGAUUUUGAUGAAUAAAAAGUUUCUACUUGCGUUGGAUGAUGCAUGGAAUGAGGAUCCUUUAAAGUGGCAUGAAUUUGCAGAGUUGUUAUUUGUGGGUUCUAAGAAAAGUAAAAUUAUAGUGACAACACGAAGUAGUAAAGUUGCUUCCAUCGUGGAUGGAACAAAACCUUAUGAAUUGGAGGGCCUACCUAAGAAGGAUUCAUUGUCUCAAUUUUUCAAGUAUGCAUUUCGAGGUGAGGAAGAAGCAUCAAAAUAUCCUGAACUCCAACAAAUUGGUAAAAAAAUUGUGAAGAAGUGUAGAGGGGUUCCUUUGGCACUGAAUGCCUUGGGAAGUCUACUUCGGUUGAAGACUGAAGCUCGUGAGUGGAAAAUUUCCAGAGACAGCAAAAUUUGGGAGUUGGAACGUAAGCAAGGUCAUAUUUUGCCUGCAUUGUGAUUGAGUUACAAUGCAAAUGUCUCCAUCUUUGAAACAAUGUUUUGCUUAUUGCUCAACUUUCAAAGAGGAUAUUUUGAUGUCAAGCUUUGAUUUGAUUAGUAUUAUGAUGGUACUUGGAAUCCUUCAUUCACCUAACAAAAAAGUUGAGUUGGAAGAUAUUGGUAGAUCAUACUUCCUAGAGUUGUGGGGCACGUCUUUCUUUCAAGCUAAUGAUUUUAGUGAUGAUGAUUUUAAAAUCAACCAAAAUUUUAGAGUGCAUGAUUUAAUUCACAAUCUUGCAUGCUCAAUCACUCAAAGAGAGUGCUCUAUUGUAAGUUCUAACAGUGGAGAGAUUUCUGAUAGUAUAAGAUAUUUAAGAAUUGUUAUCAAUGAGAACAACUUAACAAAGUUGAGUAAGUAAAAGAAAUUGAGGAGUAUUCAUAUUGAGUGUACCGGAGAUGAGAAUGAUGAAGUUGUGCGGUUAUUCCUUUCUACAUGCAUCUCAAGAUUCAAGAACUUGCGGGUGUUUGAUUUGGUUGGUUUAUCUUUUAAGGUCCUACCUAGUUCGAUUGGAGCCAUGAAGCAAUUGAGAUAUCUUGACUUGACCAAUAAUGAAAAGCUAAAGAGACUCCCCGAUUCAAUUUGUAAGCUGCAAAGUUUGCAAAAUCUGUCUUUUUGGAUGUGAGGAGCUUGAAGAAUUACCAAUGGAAAUAUGUAAUUUAGAAAGCCUAAGGGUUCUUGGAUUAACCACAAAGCAAAGCUUUUUGGCAGAUGGUGGAAUUGGACGCUUAAAGUCUCUUCGUUUCUUGGGUUUUAAGGGAUGUGAAAAUUUGAAAGCCUUGCCACAUGACUUGAGAAAUUGUACUACAUUACGUGUUCUAUUAAUACUUAAUUGUAAAGAACUCGAGUUGGCAAGUGAAUUUGUUAAUGAAGAUGUUCAGCUGAGCCUUCAGACAUUUGCGAUUGAUGAGUUACCAAAGACAACGGAUCUGCCCCAAUGGCUGCAACAAGCUGCUAAGACCCUACAAUAUCUACAUAUUGAAGAUUGUUCCGAAUUAGCUACAUUGCCCGAGUGACUGCCAAAACUCAUGUCACUUGAGAAGCUUGUGAUUAGGGAUUGCCCAAAAUUAUUGACUCUACCAGAGGGGAUGGAAGGCCUCACCUCCCUCACACAUUUGCUGAUUGAAGAUUGUGAUGCACUAUAGAAAAGAUGCAAACAAGGACAAGGGAAGGAUUGGCAAAAGAUUGCUCAUAUUCCUAACCUUUCUAUUGAUGAUUAUGAUGGUGAUGAUGAUGAGAAGGAGAAGGUACACUUCUAGUUUUAAUUAGUCACAUUUAUUACUGAUCACAGUCACAUGUUAAAUUUUUAUAUAUGAAGACUCAUAAAAGUAUAUGAAAUAAUUUAGGCAAAAUAAGUCAUUUCAAUAAUAACAUUUGGCUUAAACCUAUCACAUGGAUCAUUUUGUCAAGUAUUCAUGAUGGUGUAUUCUAAUAAAAUAAUGGUACUAAUGUUUGUUGCAAUCUUAAUUUUUUAGGAAAAAUCAUUAAAAAAGUUUCUAUAUUUAUAAUAGAGAGGAAAUAUUACUU